AUGCAGGCUGUGUUGUCUCGCCGUGGUGGUAUAUUCGGUUCUUCCAACGCGGGAGGAGAAUGGUGUACGGCCAAGUGCAAUGCUAAGAGGUGGAUGACGCAUAGGGAUUGGACUAAACAGUGGAGGAAGACAAGACUCAACUGUUGGAGACUUGAGGCAACACUGGAAAAGUUACAGGACGAACGUUGCGAUAUGGCAGAACAAUGGGGUUUAGACGAGGCGUUGUAUAUCUGGGAGCUUGCAAAAGAUGAGUGUAGCCAAGUACCUGCUUAUGGUCGUACAGGGAAUUUCUUUCCAACGAACGUACAAGAUACACAAGCCGUCUUGAAGUCAGCACCUACGGAAGAACAAUUAUCUGGAGAGGAUUGGAAGACGGUUAAGUGUAGAUGGAAGAAAAGAUCUCAGCUACUGAAGAGUUUACCUCAAGACGAGCCCAAACAAGCAGUCACCAAAGAGACGAACAGCGUCGUCAACAGACUGAAGCAUAUGGGUUGUACUUCGGGGAACUGCUUCAAAGCUCUCGUCAAGCAUGACACAAACGUAGUAACAAAGCUUGCCGAGCCGAUAGAAAGACCACGAUAUCCUCCCGGCGGCGACGCAACACCCAAAACACCCGACUCUGUUCGAGAGACCACUUGGAUGGAGCCUCGUUCGGCACUGAAGUGUAACUCGCCUUCGACUUCCCGCUCACACAAGUCAGUCGUUAUCAACGCACAGGCUACAAUUCUUCCACUUGAUACCACACCGGUUACGACAACGCCACAUCACGAACACACAGUUGCAGAGAAGAGCCACAGACGCCUCACGUAUAAUCGAAACUCAGGUUCCUACAUACCGUCAUGCUGGGCAAGUCCAGAAGGAUACGAAAAAUACAAUACUAGCCAUUGCAAGGACACCUGUGCGACUAUAGAUCGGCUCCAAAAGAAGUUCACGACAUUGGAAGAGGAAGAACAAGAAUGUUGGGACGAGGAGGAUGAGACGCUCACGGAAGAAGGUGAGAAAGCUGCCAUUGAAGAAGGAGAGGCAUCAGAUGAGGGAGAAGAAAACAUUAGGUCCCCCUUUCAAGCACGGUUACCGCCAUGGCAGCCUGGACAGAAGAUGUGCAGUAUGAAGCAGAGUCUGUGA